AUGUCCUCCACUCUUCCGCAAUUGGUUGCAAAUGGCCCCGAGCUCAAUUCUUCAGUGCGAUCCUUGUCAUUGCCUGUGCAUGAAGACAGCCCGGAAAUUCGCCAGAAAUACAGGCCAUUCAUACUUGAUCAUGCAACGCAGGACUGGAUCAGUCAGUUAGAAUUGACGACGGCCCUCGACAUGGCUGAGAAAAAUUUGCACGAUACCAACGACAGGCUGAAAGUUCUGGUACUUUAUGGCAGUCUUCGGAGACGAUCAUACUCGCGACUGGUAGCAAUGGAGGCUUCUCGCAUCCUAUUCCGACUGGGAUGCGACGUCCGUGUCUUCGAUCCUCAGGGCCUUCCAGUGAAAAACGACGUCGAUACGGAUCACCCCAAGGUGCAGGAGCUCCGACAGCUCAGUCAAUGGAGUGAUGGACAUAUUUGGGUUUCGCCUGAGCAACACGGAAAUCUGACUGCGGUAUUUAAAAAUCAAAUCGACUGGAUUCCACUCAGCACAGGAAGCGUCCGACCGACUCAGGGGCGAACACUAGCCAUUGCUCAAGUAUGCGGUGGAUCUCAGUCAUUCAAUGCUGUCAACUCCCUGCGUAUCCUUGGUCGGUGGAUGCGCAUGUUCACCAUUCCAAAUCAAUCAUCCAUCCCGCAGGCAUACACACAAUUCCCUGAUGAGGGACAGCCCGACGAUGAGAGACUCAGGCCGAGUAGCAAUCGAGAUCGGUUAGUGGAUUGCAUGGAAGAGUUUGUCAAGUAUACGAUUUUGAUGCGCUCUCACCUUGCACUCUUUGGUGAUCGCUAUAGCGAGCGGGAAGAGAAAAGAGUGAAGGAGGCAAAACCUAGCGGUGUUUCAUGA